GGAAGUACAGCAUUCCACGUACAAGCUGGCAGCACAGAAGCUCAUGUCCCCGGUGGUGAAGAUACUGUGCUCUCGUUUACAUCCCUCACUGCCUCACCUGAGGCUGCUGGGAACUUCUGCCUCCAGGAUGGGGAUGACCAAGCAGUCUAACCCUGUCUCUGGGACUCUGAUCUUUGAGGAUUCCAGCGCGUUCAAAGUGAAGAGUUGGCCUGAGCUGAUCCGAGCUCUGGGAGUCUUUCGCCUGUGCUCCUUCCCACUGCUGGUCAACAACUGUGGGAAGCUGAUGUCGAUAUCGCGCACCCUCCUGGGGAGGAGGGGGUUCGCCCUGCUGAUGCGACCUACAGUGUACUCUCAGUUUGUUGCAGGAGAGAGCGAGAGUGAGAUUUCACAGUCCAUGGAGAAGAUGAGCCGGCUGGGGUUGAGGCCCAUGCUGGCAGUACCGAUUGAAGAGGAUCUGGGAGAGAGCACCGGGGAGAAGCGAUAUGACGACAACAUGGAGGCCAUGUUGGAAUGUGUGCGAAUGUCCCACAGCAAUGCGUGGAGCAAAGACCCGAUGAUGCAGCUGAAGGUCACGGCGCUGCUCAGCCCGGAGCUCUGCGUGAAGCUCACAACGCUGAUGGCACAGCAACCGUACGAGCUGGAUCUGCUGGUCAGCGCGAUGAACAGAGAGCCAAUCAGCUUCCCUGGUUUGGACAAAGGAGAGGCUGCCCACUUCCUCUGUGGCCUGCAGAGACUCAACAAAAUAGCAGAGGCUAGUGUCAACAAAGUGCGAGUCCUGGUUGAUGCAGAGUACACAUACAUGAACCCCGCCCUCUCCAUAGUUGCCAUGGCAUUGAUGAAGAAGUUUAACAAAGACGGUGCUUGGAUCUGGAACACGUAUCAGUGCUACCUGAAGGAGUCCAGGUCUCUGCUCUUAGAGGCGCUGCGUCUGUCCCGCUCCGAGGGAUUCUGUCUGGGAGUCAAACUGGUCAGAGGAGCCUACAUGGACAAAGAGAGGAAGCUGGCAGAGAAGGAGGGACGUGAGGAUCCCAUCCAUAUGUGCUGGGAGGACACUAACAACAGUUACAAUGGCUCGCUCAACGUAAUGCUGGAUGCCAUCUCACAGAACCCUGAUCGCUACCGGAUCAUAUUCGCCACACACAACGAGGAGUCAGUGAGGCAAGCCGCGAUGCGGAUGGAAGAAUUGGGGAUAGACAAAGACGGCGGCUCCGUGUGCUUUGGGCAGCUGCUGGGAAUGUGUGAUCACGUCUCCCUCACACUUGCUAAGGAGGGUUACACUGUGUACAAGUCAGUGCCUUACGGCUCGGUGGACGACACGGUGCCCUAUCUGGUGCGCCGGGCUCAGGAGAACCGCACUGUAUUGCAGGGGAUCCGCAAAGAGAGAGACCUCCUGAAGCAGGAGUUUCGCCAGCGAAUAAAGCGGAAGCUGAGAGGAGGCAGCUAACAAGCUUCCAACUCAGAAGAAAUCAAAUCUGCCUGAGCACCAUUACUCCUUCAGAUUUACAGGUUUAAACCACAGUCACACAAGAACUCUGCAGGUGGUGCCAAGGGCCAAACGUACCAAACGCAUACAUGUUUCUGGAUCUCGGGCUGAAAGUUCAGCUCAUAUAGAAGUCAAAUAUUU